AACGCGUUAGUGCUUUUCUGCCAAACAGAUGUUUAUUAAAAACAGAAUUUAAUUUUGACGUAAAACGGAAGUUGAAGCAAAAAAACAAAGCAGACAUGGGCGCCAUUCUUACGAUAAUAUUUUUCACCACCUUUUGGGCGGCAGUGGCUCGUGUGGGACCCCGUCUGAUGUCCAAGGCACCGCAACAGGAUCUUGUGCGCUGUUGUUUUCUACUGGCGGCCGUCUGUUGUUGGCUCUUUUGGUUCUGUUGCUAUUUAGCCCAGUUAAAUCCACUAAUUGGUCCCAAAUUAAAGCAAGACACCGUCAAGAUGAUUGCCAGGUCAUGGGACAAUCCCAUUGUAGGGUGAUUACAGGAGAAAUAAGAAGGAUGAAGGCUUUUAUGAAAUCCACGUAGUUAAUCUCCCCCGGCGGCACCCUUCUCCGGCGGAUGCAGCCGUGGCCACAUCACACCUCACUCAGCCGGAAAUCCACACAGUAUAUACGCCUGGCAUCUAAGAUGGAACCAAUUUCUGUACUAUCAACGUAAAAGCAAUGUACCUUAACCAGUCUGGGGAUAUUCCAGAUUCGUUAUUUAUACACAGCCUGUAAUAGCAACUAACCCACAACUAAUAACCACUUUAAAAAUAAGAUUGAUGAUUGUAUAUUGAAAAUUGUAAAACCACAUUGUACUGUAUAAACCAUUUUCUUAUCAGCUGCUAUAGUCAGCGUACUUACAAAUUUACAAACGAAAAUAUCAACCUAUACUUCCACUAUUGUAGUUAAUUUUACUAAUCAAUUAUUGUAUUUGUGAUUUAGUUGUUUGCAAAUAUAGACGAAUUUAUAUU